AUGACAGUGAUUACUCUAUAUGAUUAUGCUCCUUCAGGAAAUUGUUACAAGGUUCGAUUAUUAUUCUCAUUAUUGAGAAUACAGCAUUUACGUGUUGAUAUCGAUAUAAGAAAAGGAGAAACGCGUACCGAUCAUUUUUUAAACAACGUUUCAUCAUAUGGACAAGUUCCAGUGGUAAUAAUCCCACCAGAUUACGUUCACAAACUUGCCAAGCCUACUACUCUUUCCCCUUCUUCCACUCCCAAUGAAAGUCAAAAUGAGAAUUCCUCCACCGUCGUAGAAACGCAAUCAACGAUUCUAACAGAAUCCAACGCGAUCCUGACGUUUAUUUCGGAUGGUACACCAUUAUUUCCAUCAAAUCCAAUAGACAGAGCAAAAAUAAUGCAAUGGUUGUUCUGGGAACAAUAUUCUCAUGAACCAAAUUUUGGUACAUUAAGAUUUUGGAUAACUUUAUUGAAUAAAGGUGAAGAUCCUCAAUACCUUGAUCAAAUCGUUGAGCGUCAAAAAAAAGGUUAUGAAGCUUUAAAUAUCAUGGAACAACAUUUAAGUAAUGAGGAUUGGUUCGUCGCUAAUAAGUACACUAUUGCCGAUAUUGCUCUUUAUGCUUAUACUCAUUGUGCUGAGGAAGCUGGAUAUUCUAUUGAUAGUUUUCCUAAAAUCAAAGCUUGGUUACGUAGAAUUGAAAAUAUGCCUGGUCAUGUUCCAAUUGAUGAUUAA